UUGUAAUACAAUAAAAUGGAUUGCGCUCCAUUAAAUUUGGCUCAUUUUCAUGAAAGGAGAGCCGAUAAGUUAAUUAAACGACAUCGCUAUGAAGAAGCAUUCAAGGCAAUAGAAACAUCAUUGCUAUACGUAGAAGACGCAUAUAAAAAUGUGAAAAUUCCCAAAGCUUUGGAGGUUUUAAAUACACAAAAAUGGGACUACGAACGUAAGUUAAAUCAGAUACAAAUGCGUAAGAUACAAUAUGAUAAAUUGAAAUCAAAAGAAAUUGUGCCUUCAGUGCAAAAUGAAGUGGGUUCCAAUAAUAUCAAAGCAGAUAUUGCAAAUGCACAAUCUAUUGCAAGAUCCAUAGAUAAGACUAUUAAAGAGUUUAACGAUAAAUACGGUAGUACAUUACUGGAAAAUAUGCAACGAAUGGAAUUACAAACAAAGGAAAACAAUGAUCCUAACAAAUUAUCCAAAGAACCAUCUCCAAAAGUAAAUGACAAUUCGAAAGAAAUGUUAACGGAACACCUGGAAACAAACCUAAGACGGUUGAGCUUAAUGGAUAAUCACUUGCAGGCAGCGGAUGAUGAUUUACCAUCAUUGGCUCCUUUGGAAUUGCCAUCAUUUGAUUAUACUGCUUUUGGAGUAGCAUUGGGUUUAGUGGAAAAUUUUCAAAAGUAAAGUGUUUGCAAACAUUUUAAUUAUCUUUAUUUAUUUGUGAUCUCUAUGCAUUGUAAGAUUAAUGUGGAAAUAUAAUAAUCAAAAUUUGUUUAUAUGUA